AUGCUGCCAUUAACGAUAAUAUUUCUAUUGUUUGGUUCUCUAGCCAAUGCCCUCCCUUCCUACGGCCCAAUUGCCAUUCGAUUUCCGGUUAAUCCGGGCUAUUAUAUGCCUUUCGCGUUGGAACUGAUGACAGCCGAGCGAGCACCUACUGACUCGUCAAAAAUGCAAGACCUGCCUUCGUCGGGGUUGAUACGACUUCGCACCGCAAAACUAACUGAUGAGGACGUGGCCAAGCCAAUCGCGCUCGAUGAUACGACGAUGGUGAAAACAGGCGAAAGCAGCCCGUUGAAGGAAUUCCCGUCCGAACUCGAAUCGAUUCGCCAGUUGGAGGCAGCGCUUGACGAGCAUGUCGAGCAAAAGCCCGACAUCUUCAAGCAGCAAAUGCAAAAGGCGUUGAAGUUUACGGAGGAGGUGAACGUGCUGCCCGAGGUGGACGGAGAAGUUUUCGAUGGGGAUUUGCUGAAUGAACCUGCUGAAAAGACCAUUGAAGAGCCAUCGUAUCCGACUCACGUUGAGCCACGCCUCGUCUCGCUGACGGCAAACUAUGAAAAUAAUCGAAGAGCCGACCAGUCCGCCGAUUCCAUGGAGCUUGGAGCAGAACAGGAAGAGUUCGAGAACAUCCGGGCCAAGAAGCGUCCCAUCAACCGCGACUCGACGGCCAGACUCAACGCCGAAACAUCGAAAAACAUUGACGAUUUUGACCCUUGGGGACAGGCC